AAGUAUAGCAGGCAGUAGGUUUCCGGUAUAGUGGCGUUUAUGUGACCAUUGCAACCUAUCCUUGGAGGUUGCUGUGUGUUUAUCGGUAGCCUGUAUCACAGAGAUGAGGGCUGCAGAAGCCAGGAAGUUAAGUCAGCGUUUAUCUGUGGCCAGAGGCUGUUGGUUUCAGGGAGCUGAGGUACAUCAGAUAUGAAGCAAAACUGUUUAAUACUGAAGGCAGAUGGUGAUGAGGUUUUUCACAAGCCUGUGUACCCCAGGGAGUAUUGCACCCUUCCCCCCCAAAAAAAUAUUAUUUUGAGGGAGGAAAAUCAGAAUUUUUGAGCCUGACGUGAUUUCUGAAUGUGGGAGUUGGCAAUUUUCCCUCUAUAUAAUAAUGAAACACACAGUCCCUGACUCAAAGUCACCUAAAGUUGUAGGAUAAACCAAAUUGACCCUCUUGCCUACCUGCUUUGCAUGGGUGAGGGUAACGUUUUAGUACAACAGCUAAACAAGGGCUGGUAAAGAGCUAGUGCGAACACAGCCAGCUCUGGCUCACCACUGUGGGGCUGUGGCUAACUACACGGCUCUCUCUUUACCCCAGUGGCCGUUCUUUGCCAAACAUUACAACACACCGGAGCAUCGGCUACAGCUGGGAUUUCGUCCCAGCCCCACGCAGGCAGGGCCCGGCCCGGCCCGCGAGAGCCAAGGCGGUAGCACAGGCAGCUCCUGGGUGGCGCCUCUCCCGAAGCUGGAUGGCGCGGCAGAGCGGGGGGGGGCCUGGCUCGUCUCCCGGCCUCACUUCCCGGCACGAGCAGCGCGGUGCUACGGGGACAAGCGGCACGCGGCUGUCACGGGGGUGACUUUAGGACCCGGGAGAGCCACUGAAUGCGGCGGGCUUUAGGACCCGGAAAGCCCUUAGGACUUGCUGGCAUGAGCCCCCUUUCCGUCGCGCUACUGUGGCGUCAUCGCCUCGCGCCGCACGUCGGCGAGUAACGCGUGGUUCUGGCGCCCGCGUGGAGUCCGGACUCGUGGCUCAGCUGCCUCCAUGGCCGCCUCGGAGCAGCCGACUGCGGCGAUGAAGCGGCGGCACAAGGCGCGGUACGUGCCGGGGCAGCAGGCCAAGCGGCCCCGGGGCGGCGGCGGGCCGCGGCAGCUGGAGCUCGGCAUGCAGGGCAUCCUCAUCACCUGCAACAUGAACGAGCGCAAGUGCGUGGGGGAGGCCUACAGCCUGCUCAACGAGUACGGGGACCUGCUCUACGGGCCCGAGAAGUUUACAGAUCAAGAUGGCAGGUUGUCAGGAAGUGAAGAGGACGAAGAUGAUGUUGAAGCUGCCUUAAAGAAAGAAGUUGAUCAGAUUCGCACUUCGACUGAACAGAAGCUGAGAAGAUUCCAGUCAGUGGAGAGUGGAGCUAACAAUGUGGUCUUUAUUAGAACGCUGGGUGUAGAACCUGAGAAUCUCGUCCAUCAUAUAUUAAAGGACUUGCACACUACUAAAAAGAAGAAAACAAGAGUGAUUCUGCGUAUGUUGCCCAUUUCUGGAACCUGCAAGGCUUUUGUGGAAGAUAUGAAAAAGUAUUCAGAGACCUUCUUUGAGCCUUGGUUUAAAGCCCCUAAUAAGGGUACUUUUCAGAUUGUUUACAAAGCUCGUAAUAACAGUCACAUGAGUAGGGAAGAAGUAAUCAAAGAAUUGGCAGGAAUAGUGGGCAGCCUAAAUCCAGAAAACAAAGUGGAUCUUAAUAACCCCCAGUAUACCAUUGUGGUAGAAAUAAUAAAAAAUGUCUGUUGCUUGAGCGUGGUGAAAGACUAUGUUUUGUUCAGAAAAUAUAAUCUACAAGAGGUGGUGAAGAGCACCAGGGAAGAGCUGGUACAGCAAAACCUGUUGAAUGCUUCACAGGAGGAGAAGUUGCAAGAAAUAAAACUGGCAGAAGAGGACUCUAAAGAAGUGAAACCAGAAGACAAAGGUCAGAGUGAGGAGGAAUCUAAGCCCAAUGAGAGCGACAGUCAGCAGGCAUAGAGAGUGUGAUGGAAGGGGAAGACGAACACUAAAGAUCACUGUAAAAAUAGACUGGCUUAGAGUUUUGAGAUGGACAUUUAAAGGGGAGCUUAAUUUUUUAUUUUAAAUUUGCUUUUUAAAAUAUCCAGGUAUUUUAAAAAAACCCAAAAACCGUAACGCUCCAUCCUGUCUUUGCUAUUGGAGUCAAUGUUGCAGCACGCAGUGUCAGAGAGAGUGGUGAUAUUUAUCACUUAACUCUUCAGCCUGAUUCUCCAGUGCCUUCCAUCUUGUGUGGUCAUAGAUCUGUGCAAUGUGUAUGUAAACUGUUACCAGUCUGAUCGGUAGCAUUUUAAACGCACUUACUACAUGUCAAUAACUACCAUAGGGUGCUGGGCUGACUCAACCCCUUUGCCUCUAGACAUCCUGAGAAACCAGUGGCAGAGGCAGGAUUUGAGAGGUCUGGAAAAGGACAGGAUCUUGCAAGGGGGUUUAUUUGAAAAUACAAUGCCAUUUUGUUUUGGUGAGAUGACUUUCUAUACUAUGUAAACCUCGUCUUAUUAAAUACAGAAUGAGCCAUAAGCACCUGAUUUUCUGUGUGUUGUUCAGAUGUCUACAAAGUCUAGUUUAGAACAUAUUAACAUGUCUUUGAAAUAUGUUGGGGGAGGGGGAGAAGAGGAAUUGCCACCAUCAAAAUAGCUCAGUAUUAUGAGCAAACCUCUCCCUCAAAUUCCUGUAAUUUUCUAGAAUAGACAGAUGCCAGUGUAUAAUCUUGGCAAAAGCACCCUGUGGUAUGUCUCUCAAGAAGAGCAAUGUGCAUAGUGGACAGGAGCAUAUAUGGUUAUCUAUUAACUAUCUGAGAAGAACCCAUUUCUAAGGAUACUUCCAAAGGCACUCCUUUAUUUAAGUUUGAUGUUUUUAUUAAAUAGUCUCAUUCAUUGGUUUUAUUUUUUUAUUAGCUGUGCUCAUGUUUGAAUUGGUUUUUAAACUUCUUCAUGUGAAAGCAGCUCUCUGUAUUACACAACAUCUAAUAGAAAAAGUUAAACUUUUUCUAUAUGGCUUCAAUUUUACAAAAUGAGUGUUUUGCCUCAGUUUGAAAAUAGCAUCUGAAUUUUUUCUCUUCCUAUAACAUUUGAAGAAUACAUCUCAUUGAUAAGUUACAGUAUCAUUUUUACAAAGACUAGAAACCCAGAUUAAAAAAAACCCUAUUUUAAUAUAGUACGGCUAUAGCUUGUUUUCCAAUAGUAUUGUUGCUGUGCACUUUUUGUACACGUGUGUGGCUUAGAUGUUCCAUGAUGCACUUACAACUUAAACCUAUUGGUGUCACUAAUGGAAAAGCAUUUGCUCCAAAUAACACCAGCUGGCUUGAUCCUGAUUUAAUGAAAAGGACAUGUGGUUGAGCCUCUUCUGAGUUUUGUUUUAUGAUCUCUAGUGUUUGUAAAACUGUUUUAAGUUUGAAAAUUAAAAAAAAUUCUUCCUUCCUUC